AUGCUUGAAAACGAAAACACGAGGCUCAACAAUAGCGUGAUUGAUCUAAAAGCGAGAUCGAUGCGUGAUAAUCUGUUGUUCUUCAACAUUGAUGAACCCACAGGAGAGGAAAAAGAAGACACGACGGAGAUCAUUCUGGCGUUAUUGGAAGAUAAACUGGAGAUUCUCAAUGCACGCAACAAGGUAAAGAUCGAUAGAUCCGAUUGGGCCCGAAGCGCCGAAAUACGUAAAGUGGUCAACAGCGACAGCGGACCACCAACAAACCACGACCAAUUGUCGUGAAAUUCAAUUAUUUUCAGGACAAAAAAAAUGUUUUGAGAAACACGAAAAAAUUAAGGGGCACAAGAAAUGGGGUUCAAGAGCAAUUUCCCGAAGAAAUCGAGCGCGAGAGAAAGAAAUUGUACCCCGUCAUGAAGGAAGCGAGACAAGCGGGUAAGCAUGCAUGUGAGAUUGGCUCGUGA